AUGAACCGCUUUCACGUACUCAGCUCACACGAGGGAAGCAACGGCCCGACGGUGGUGGUUGUGGGCUCCUGCUUCCUGGACUACGUCGCCUUCGUUGACCGCCUUCCGAAGAUUGGGGAGACGUUCAAGUCGCGAAGCUUCCACAAGGCCUUUGGCGGCAAAGGCGCCAACCAGGCCGUGGCCGCCGGCAGACUUGGCGCGCGCGUGGCUAUGGUGGGUGUCGUGGGCGCCGACGGCGACGGUGACGAAUACAUUGCGAACUUCAAGCGGAACGGGGUGGACACCACUAACGUGUACCGGAAGCAGGGCGAGGCGACAGGGCUGGCAAUGAUUUUUGUGGACGCCAAUACAUCAAACAAUGAAAUUGUGAUUAACCCCAACGCGACCUAUGCAAUGACCGUCGACUUCCUACGUCGCCAAUCGGACAACUAUAAUCGGUUCCUUCCCAAGAGUUGUCGCUUCCUCAUCUGCCAGAAUGAAAUUCCUUUAGAAACGACUCUUGAUGUACUGCGCGAGGCGCACAAGCGUGGCAUCUACACCGUUUUCAACUCCGCCCCGGCCCCCUCGCCGGAGGAGGUGGAGAUUGUUAAGCCUUUUAUGCAGCACGUCUCACUCUUCUGCCCGAACGAGGUGGAGGCGGCCAUGAUCACGGGGCUGGAGGUAACCGAUGGGGCUUCCGCCGCAAAGGCCGCCAGGGCCCUCCAGGCACUUGGCGUGCGGGACGUCGUCAUCACCCUUGGCGCACAGGGUUAUGUCAUUUGCGAGGGGGGCUUGGAGCCGGUGCAUGUGCCUGGCCGACGCGUCAAGGCGGUGGACACCACCGGCGCCGGCGAUUCUUUUGUUGGCUCGAUGGUGUACUACCUGUCGAAGGGCAAAACGCUUUCAGAGGCCUGUAAACGGGCGAAUGUAUGCGCCUCGCUCAGUGUCCAGCGGAGGGGCACGCAGAUGUCGUACCCCACAAUAAACGAACUUCCUGCCGAAGUUCGGGAGUAA